UCUCACUCGGUCGGCGGCUGAGAAUCGUACGGACUAGCGUAUUAGCUUAUAUCCAGAAAGAACAAGGAAGCAGGCAGUGAGCGUUUGCCAGAUACGUUAACGAAAUCGUGAUUGAUAUUAUACGGUGACACUGAAUUGGAAACGUUUGUUUUGUCGUUGAUAUUCGGAGUGAGAUCAGGAAAAGACCGCGUUUUAUUGUAGCUUAAGCUAAACCAACGUCACAACCGUCAAAGGGUUUUCUUACGCCGGGAUUGGAUUUCAUAGUUUAAAAUGGCAGAGUUUUCAGUAUUUUACUUGGAAUUCUGCUGUACGUCUACGAGUAGUUAUUCAUCGUAUCUGGCACCUAUCACUGGAAAGUUCACAACCCGAAAGAAGUCUGUAAAUGUUCAUCAAAAUGCCAUCGGAGUGAAUCCCGCGACCGCGGACAACAUGGACGCCGAUAUGCACUAUGGCUUGACUUGGAGAGCUAACGUGAACCGGUGUGAUGAACAGUAAGAACAUGGAUCUGAGAUUUUUGGAGAAACAAGUGGUGCAUCUCAAGUCACCUUUGGACAGUAUUUAAUCGUAUCAGUAAUUUAUCAUCUGCACCAGAUUGAGUUAUCUACGAAGUUCGAAGGAACGUUAAUAGUCAUCAACUUGCUAGCUAACCCUUUACCUUAGAAGUAGCUAAUGUAUCAGCUAGCCCCAGGUAGCUGACAGCAGUUUGGUUAUUCUUAUGAAGUAUCAUUCAAGACAGAGUCACUGAAUUGUUCUGACGAGCAGCAGCAGCAACUAGUAUUAUAAGUUGUAUGUACUGUGGUGGCUGCAGUUCGUUCACCAUUUGCACGACCUAUUUAUUCUGCACAGUCAGCUAACGUUAGCUACUAGCUCUAGUUUCCAUAUGGCACGUUCAAGUGCCCAGCAGGAAAGUUUCACAUAGGCUAAUGGAAGACACCAUUUCAGUUUAAAUAAAUACACCUUUUUGCCAAGGAUCAAAUUUGACCAUGUUUAAUAUGGAUCCAGAACAUUAUUCAAGGAGGAAGACUACCUCCCCCUUGCCUGGUGGCGGGGUCGCGUCACUCAGACACGAGAAUACCGAUAGGUCGUGGAUGGACAUGCUGUCGUUUGUGUCGCGGCCUGCCUGGUCCCUCAUGCAGCGAUACUUACCCGGUAACUCGCUGUCAGCACCUCAGGCACACACUCAGCUGUGGGACCCUGAAAGUUUAGAACAGCAACUCGAUUUUGGACACAAAGUAACACGACUGGAAGACGCAUUGUCAAAUAGGCAACCUCAGGUCCUAGACUGUGCUGGUGUGGACAGCAGCGGUCUGCACUCAGCUGUCCAGGUCGGCGGGAUGACCUGGCUGACAGCAGACAGCCUCUCCGAGAUAGGUAUUCAAAGCAUCGUCGAUAAAGGGACGCCACAAGUCACGAGUGGUUACCUGUCAUCAGCAAGGAACUUUCUUAGUCAGUUUUUCAUGCUGAACGUAGUCUCAACUCAGGAAGUGAAACACGCGCCGAAUAGUUUGCUGGGCCGUGGAACGGCAGCAUCCGAGGGCGCCCACAGAUGUGUGUCGGUGGUGUCUUGGAGCAGAGAAGCGGGCGUGGUGGCAGGCACGAGCGAUGCUACCCUUGACAGCGGCAGCCUUUGUCAUCUAGCAGCUGAGCGAACUACAAUAGCCAGUGUUGCCAAGCCAACCGGGCUUUUUGUACAUUGCGAUGACAGGAGCUCAAAGCACGGCGAAAGCGCUGGACACUGCUGCCACAAAGCAGACUCAGAGAAUGAGGGCCUUCACAUGCUCCGGCCGGUAUCGUUGUCGAGCAAGCAGCAGUUAAACGAGCAGGCGAGUUCUGUUAGCCUCCUCGGAGACAUUAGUGUUGCUGCCUGUGCCAGAAGCGAGUUUAUUCUUCUAACCCCCGAACAGGACAAUGGCUACUCUAGUCUGGAAGAGGAACUGUCGUUUUCCAGGCUCCCUGCUAUGAGGAGGGCUGGAGAGGAGCAGUCUGUGUCGGAGUCGGACAGCAGGGCACAACACAGCUCUCCCUCCCCAGACCAGCUGGAGAGGACCCAGCAGCCAGAACACCAAGAGCAGAGCGGUACCCAGGGCCCUGAACCAGAGGAGAAAGAGGAGGAGUGUGAGGAGAGCCAGGAGCAGGACCGCACUGACUCGGAGCAGCCAGAGGUGUCCGCAUGGCAAGAGGAGCAGGGGGAAGAGGAUGAGGAGGUUGGUGAGGUGCCGGGGUCGUCUCAGGUGACCUCGUGUACGAACAAGGCCAUUGCCUACAUCAUGGGCAGCCCCUGCAGUGAUGACAGCUCGUCAGGGGAAGACUCCGAUGAGGAUGGUGAGGAAGAGGAGGAGGAGGAUGGUGAGGAGGAGGAAGAUGACGAUGAUGGUUUCAACAGUGAGGGCUCGUCCUGCCUGUCUGACAGUGAUGGCAGCGAGGAUGAAGAUGUCAGUGAUGAUGAGGACUAUGGCGAGCAGUCGGGCGUAGAGGAGUUUGACGCCGAAACGGAGCGUCUGUGGAACUCCCUGUGCCAAAACAGAGACCCUUACAACCCACGCAACUUCACCGCCUCCCUUUGCACAGCGUCAGCCGCCUCCUGUAGUAGUAGCAGUAGCAGCAGCUCUCACCCCCUUCCCAUCUCAGACUCUCCCCCCGCCUCGCUCAUCGCCACCUGCCCCCUGUCCACCUCGCCUGCCCUGUCCUGCUCGCCCCCCGUCUCGGCCACCCCCCUGUCCUCGUCCCCUUCCUCCUCCAGCUCCUGGAGCGGUGACGACGGGGAAGACUGCACGGAGAGCUUGAAGCUGUGGGACUCCUUCAGCUGCUCGGCCGACCCCUACAACCCCUUCAACUUCCAGGCCACCCUCAGGACCAGCUCUCCCACAGUGACCGCGCCGGUCGUCCGCCCCAGCAAGGCGUCCUCCUGCGCCUCUUCCGUGCCACGCUACCAGAGGGAGCAGGCCGAGGAGCGCCAGGACAGCGGCUUCGGAGACGAGAUGCCACCGGUGGUGGCGCCCCCCUCCACCAGUGCUCUGCCCUGCGGGAAGCUGAGGAAGGUGCGGUUCUGCGAGGAGGUGGAGGAGUUCUAUACGAGCGGCGACGAGGACCGGCGCGGGCCAUGGGAAGAGUACGCGCGCGACCGCUGCCGAUUCCAGCGGCGAGUCCUGGAGGUGGAGGAGAGCAUCUCCUUCUGCCUGGCGCCCGAUUUCCGGAUCCAAGUCCUCCGCAGGCUCCAACUCAGCUGAGGCCCACAGCCUGGCCCGCCACUUCUCCCCUCCCUCUCCCUCUCUGGACGUUUUAAAUGUGGACAGAUAUACAGACUGAUGUUUACUGUUUGUGUCGUGAUCUUUGGAACACAGUGGAAUAACAGUGGAGUAAAUUCAGGGUGUUGGUGUGACAGUGGUGAAAUGGUGUAUGUGUUUGAAAAAAAAAAAAGGAUUAAAAAGGGCUGUAGACUCACAGCUCAGGGCAGCUCCUCUGUUAGCUCCAGUGCA